CGCGGAGGUCACAUGACCUAAUCAAGGCAUGAUGGCAACGGAGAAACAGGAAGUGAGAGACGCAGAGACAAUAAGGAGAGCCGGGUGAUCGGGAGAGACAGCUGGACAGCAGAACUACCCGGAAUGAGCGAGCGCCAGAGAGGAUCCUCGUCUACUUCACAGAGAUCUCAUCUCAGAGACCCCGCAGCUGGCAGGGAGACAGGCGUGUAAACACGCAGGAGAGCGCUGCACGCAGUCUGUCGAGGCGGCGGUUUCCAUUAAGAAGGCGUCAUGGCGGCGAGACACGCUCCGGAUGCAGCCCCCUUCCUCACCCAAGCGGACAAUACGGAGGACGAGUCUGUGAAGGAGAGCGAGAGGCGCGAGUCGAGCGAGGAGGACGAGGAUGAGGGGGGAGGGGGGGAGACGCACCUGGUGACGGGGAUCACGUACCGGCACUCCGUCCUCAUCGUCUGCGUCCUCGUCUACAUCAACCUCCUCAAUUACAUGGACCGAUUCACCGUGGCAGGUGUACUCCCUGAUAUCGCCAGCGACUUCGGCAUCCGGGACAGCGACUCGGGAUUAGUCCAGACAGUAUUUAUCUGCAGUUACAUGGUGUUGGCGCCGGUGUUCGGUUACCUAGGCGAUCGGUACAACAGGAAAUACAUCAUGUGCGUCGGCAUCUCCUUCUGGUCGGUCGUCACCCUGAGCAGCUCCUUCGUCCCAAAAGAGCACUUCUGGCUGUUCCUCCUGACCCGGGGGCUGGUGGGAGUCGGGGAGGCGAGUUACUCCACCAUCGCCCCCACGCUCAUCGCUGACCUCUUUGUCGCCGACCAGCGCAGCCGCAUGCUCUCCUUCUUCUAUUUAGCGACGCCUGUCGGCUGCGGCCUCGGGUACAUCGCUGGAUCCAAGGUGGCCGUGGCUGCCAACGAUAAUUGGCACUGGGCUUUGCGGGUAACUCCAGCAAUGGGGCUCCUCGCUGUCAUUCUGCUGCUGCUGGUCGUUAAAGAGCCCCCCAGGGGGGCCGUGGAGAGGAAGACGGACAGCCCGCUCCCGUACACCUCCUGGUGGGCCGAUAUCAAGGCUCUGCUCGGCAACCGCAGCUUUGUCCUCUCCACCUUCGGCUUCACCACCGUAGCGUUCGUCACGGGGUCCCUGGCCCUCUGGGCGCCGACGUUCUUGAUUCGCUCGCGGAGGGUCUUGUACAGCCACGAGCCGUGUCAGACCGCCAUGUGUGACUCCGAUGACAGUAUGAUUUUUGGGGUGAUCACCUGUGUGACCGGUCUCUUGGGGGUCGGAGCCGGCGUGGAGAUCAGCAGGCGUUACCGGAAAGUGAAUCCUCGAGCCGACCCGUUAGUCUGCGCCGCCGGCCUCCUCUGCUCGUCGCCCUUCCUGUUCCUGUCCGUUGUCUUUGCUGACAAAAGCCUCGUUGCCACCUACGUUUUUAUCUUCAUCGGUGAGACUCUGCUGUCCUUGAACUGGGCGAUAGUGGCCGACAUAUUGCUGUACGUGGUCAUCCCUACGAGGCGUUCCACGGCCGAGGCGCUGCAGAUCGUGAUGUCGCAUCUACUGGGCGAUGCUGGAAGUCCGUACCUCAUCGGGGUGAUCUCUGACCAGGUCCGCAAAGGGAAGCCGGAUUCCUUCCUGCUGCAGUUCCGCAGUUUGGGGUACGCGCUGAUGCUCUGCGCGUUUGUUGGGGUGAUCGGCGGCGGCUUCUUCCUGGCGACGGCUCUCUUCAUAGAGAAAGAUCGCAGGAAGGCUCAGCUUUACUCUCAAGGUGUGCUGGCGGUGGAGAGCAGUGAUGAAGAUCGGAUCGUUGUCCCCAAACGCGGACGGUCGACUAAGGUCCCGGUCUCCAGCGUCCUGAUCUAAGCGGCUGCAGAAAGGGUCACCG